AAGAAUUAGAAAAUUGAGGUAAAAUGUUUUGGAUAUAAGCCUAUUAGAAUGAAAGAAGUUUAAAUGAUUAAAAUAAGAUGAAAUCUAAAGAAGGGUAUGAAUAAAGAUUGAGAUUAUAAAUGUUUUAAUGAUUAAUAGAGAGAUUAGAGACAAGAUUUUUGAUAUAAAUUUAUUAGAUUGAAAUAUAAAGACUAACAGUAUCUUUAAGAAAGAUUUUGUUUAAUAUAGAAUUAGAGGAAUGAAAUAAAUGUUUGAUUACAGAUAAUUGAUGAUGGCAUAAAUAAAAUUGAAGUAAUAAGAAGAAAUGUUGAGAGAGUGUG